UCCUACUUGGCCCGCCAGGGCGCGCGGUUGGUUUUGGCCGCUCUGGCUUGUCGGCCGGCGGCCCUUUGGUUGGCCCGCCGGGCUGAGUGGCCGGUGGUGGCGCUGCAUGCAAGAAGGCACGCGGCCGCCAGUCUCGGCGGAACGGACGACGCAAAGAAACUUACGCACCCAAGUUGGAGGCUCACGGACUGA